GAGAGAGAGAGAGAGAGAGAGAGGAAAGAUAUACUUUCUCGACUGCAAGAUAAAAUAAACUCGCUGGAAAGUAACAUAAUAUUUGUCGCGUGGAAUGUGCUGCUGAGUGGAAUCGCGACGAACGGAUUUAUUAAGAGCACGCAAGCAAAUAACUAGACUCAAUAUUGGAAGAUUGAUUUUAGACGGAUCUAAAUAUUUAUGUGCGCCGAGAGAGCAACUUUCAGCCAGCACGAUGCCUUCCGAAUGAUCGUAAGAUGGUGGCCAAACACGCCAUUGUGCUGAUAUUAUUGUCGAUAUGUCUAUCCUGCCGCGUUGUGUUAGGUUUUCCAAAAAGAUCCACAUAGCGGGACUGUUCGACCAAGAUGAUGUGAUUCAACGGAUGUUUGACUCAUCAGUGAAAGCGGUUAACAGAGAAAGGCAUGAGAACGAAGAACUGUCAAAUGUGUAUUUGGUAUCGGAAGCGAACGAGAUUGACACAGACCUGUACGAAGUAUCAACAAAAGUAUGCGAACUGUUAGACAUGGGUAUAGUUGGGAUCUUCGGACCUCAAGAAAAAGUGACCGCAGAAUACGUGCAAAGCAUAUGCGAUACAAUGGAAAUACCGCACAUUUCCGUGCGAGAGGAUCCCAGUGAAUUAUCUGAGCCACGUGGAUUAAGUCUGAAUCUCUAUCCACACGUGAGCUCGUUAUCACGAAUAUACGAUCAAUUGGUGACAGAAUUCAAAUGGAAAUCUUUUGCAAUUCUUUACGAGAAUACCGAUAGUCUGAUUCGCCUGCAUCUUUUGCUAAAACGAUGGGACCCUCACGGCAAUUCUGCAUUUGUAUAUCACUUAGGUUCUGGACCGAAUUAUAGGCGAGCAAUGCAAGAAAUCAAAGCAUCGGAAAUUGAAAACAUUAUCAUCGACUGUUCCUACGACAUACUCAGUGAUGUUCUCACACAGGCUCAACAAGUUGGAAUCUUAUCCGACAAGAAUCAAGUGAUUGUAACAUCUUUGGAUCUGCAAACCUUGGAUUUAAAGCCAUAUCAGUAUUCUGGCGUGAAUUUCACUGGCUUGCGCCUGAUUGACCCUGAAGAUUUGAUAGUUCAACGAACUUUGGACAAGCACAAGAACGAAUGGGGCUUAGAUGAUCCCUCGAAGCUACGAGUUGAAUUCGCGCUCAUGUACGACGCGGUACAACUAUUUGCAAGGGCUUUCAAGCAAUUGAAAGAUGCCAUCAAAGGCGAUGUUAAGAAAUUGCCAUGCGAUGGUAGCGCCAGAUGGGAACACGGAUUGAGUUUGAGCAACUUUAUGCGAUUGACUGAAACAAGAGGCUUAAGCGGCUUUGUAAAAUUUGACAGAGACGGUCUUCGCAGUAAUAUACAGUUGGAUGUUGUACGAUUAACUGAAAGUGGCUUGGUAAAAAUUGGUGUAUGGAAUAGUACAGCAGGAAAUAAAAUUGAUUGGAUACCAGAAACCGGCACAAAAAAGAAAAAUUUUGAUACUGAUCUAAGCUUGCAAAACAAAACAUUCAUCAUUUUAAUUUCUCUUACACAUCCGUAUGGAAUGCAAAAGGAAUCAUCAACGAUAUUGAGCGGCAAUGACAGAUAUGAAGGCUUCGGCGUAGAUAUAAUCGAGCGAAUCAGUAAAAUUCUUGGAUUUAAUUAUACAUUGCAAGUUGAAGCUCAAACUGGAUCCGAAAAUCCGAUUACUGGAAAGUGGUCGGGCAUGCUUGGAAAACUUAUGAAUGAUGAAGCAGACAUGGCCAUAUCGGAUCUUACAAUCACUUCAGAACGCGAAAGUGUCGUCGACUUUACUAAUCCGUUCAUGAACUUGGGGAUUAGCAUCCUAUAUCAAAAGCCACGCAAGACACCACCGAGUUUGUUCAGUUUUUUGUCGCCGUUCUCAAGCGAUGUUUGGAUCUAUCUCAUCGGCGCAUACAUCAUAGUCUCUUUGCUAUUUUUUAUAAUCGGUCGGCUCUGCCCGGCUGAGUGGAACAACCCCUACCCCUGUAUCGAAGAAGCUGAAGAGUUAGAGAACCAGUUUACGUUCAAGAAUGCAUUUUGGUUCGCCAUAGGAGCUAUCAUGCAACAGGGGUCGGAGAUAGCCCCUAUUGGGAUUUCUACAAGAAUGAUGGCAGGAUGCUGGUGGUUCUUCUGCCUUAUCAUGGUGUCGAGUUAUACAGCAAACCUCGCUGCUUUUUUAACUGUAGAAACUGUUGUCUCACCGUUCGACAAUGUCGAAGAAUUGGCAAAAAAGAAGGGUGCGAUAAAAUAUGGCGCAAAACGUAAAGGAUCUACGUUAUUUUUUUUCAGAGAUAGCGACUACCCGUUGUACAAGGAGAUGUAUAAAUACAUGACAGAAAAUGAGGCAGAGGUUUUACCAGAGUUCAAUGAUGUUGCUAUUAAUAAAGUUAAAAUGGAAAACUACGCAUUCCUGAUGGAAUCCAGCUCAAUAGAAUAUACCGUAGAACGUGAGUGCAACGUCACUCAAGUAGGCGGGCUUUUAGACGAGAAAGGAUACGGAAUUGCUAUGAAAAAACAUUCACCAUAUCGACAUCAUUUUAACACUGCACUUUUAAAACUAUCGGAAAGCGGGAUAAUCACGGAGCUCAAGAAAAAGUGGUGGCAAGAAAAACGAGGCGGAGGCAAAUGCCAUGAGAAUGGUGGAGGUGGUUCAGCAGAUGAACUCGGGCUCGAUAAUGUCGGAGGUGUGUUUGUUGUACUCAGUGUAGGCGCUGUUCUAUCGUGUGUGUACACUAUUUUCGAAUUACUUUGGGAUGUUGCCCGAACGUCCAUUCGAGAAAAUGUGGUUUUCAAAGAGGAAUUGAUAAACGAAGUGAAGUUUAUUUUAAAAUGCAGUAGCUCUAAACCAACACGAAGAAGAAAUGGAACGUCUAGUAAAAGUGAAAAUAACAGCACGAGAGAAUGUACACCUCCAUAUGGUUUUAUACCGACAGUAAUAACGACGUCACCGACUGAUGACAAAUAACGACGAGACAAAUUUAAAGAUCCAUAUAUUUGGCCCCUCAUCUACAACCAGAUACAAAAAUAUUGAUAUAUUUGCAUUGUACAUUAUUUGUACAUAAAUGUUUACAUGUAUGCAAUAUAAUAUAACAUAUCCGAUUUUACAAUCUAAUCGAUCUAGUGGACAGAUAUUUUAUCUGUUGCAGAAAAAAAACAAAAAGUGAAUUAGUUAUUAAGAAUGUAUACUUGAAUAAUGUACAAACGAUUAAGCACAAUAAACUAUGUGAUUUAUCAUUAUUUUUUAAAUAAUAAGGGGUUAACUUUUAGAAGUCUUGGUAGUAAAAUUUUUUAAUUUUUAAUUAACCAAAAAAUGUACAAACACUAAAAAUCAUAGUACAUUCAUGUAUAAAUAAUGUACAAUCUGAAUAUAUCAAUGUUUUUGUAUCAGAUUAUAGAUACGAAGGGCCAAAAUAUGAAGCUGAUAACAAAGCUAUAGUUUGCAGAUUUAUUACUUCGCAGCUCACGAUGCUCAAGUAAAACUAACAUCAGAAUCAAAUCGUAAACAUUUUAAGGCACUUUUAUUGAACAAUAAAUUUUAAGAGAUAUACGAUACCUACAUAUAUAAUAUAUAGUUUUCAUAAAUAAUAAUUUAUUUUAAAUCGCCAUAUCUUUUCUCUUUCUGCAUCUAUCGAUCAUCAUUGAUUGAUGAUAAGAUGACAGGAUAUCUAAUUGAGAGAAAUAUAGAAAAAAAUUGUACAAACAAAAAUAGAAACAUAAAUAAUAAAUAAUUAGCGAUACUCAAUAUAAUACUCAAUAUUAUUAGACGAGUUUCUUCUAAAAAUGCACUUCUUAAUCUCUGUGUGUUUGCAUUUAAUAAAAAAUGAAUAGAGAUUUGGUUUGGUGUGAUUAGAAAGAAGAAAAAUUAUGCAAAAAAUACAUAACUAAAAAAACUAACAAAUUGCUAUAUAUUAGAUAAUAUUGUAAUUUCUAUAUCUAUUGUAUAACUCGCAUCAAUAUAGAUUUAUAAAAAUGUGCGACGAAAAACUGGAAAAGUUAAUUUUGGACAUAAAUAUUUUAUAUAUGCAA